AACCUGUUUUCAUGAGGAGGAGGAUUUUUUUCUGGAACAUCUCCAAUUUUCUUACAACUUCACUCAACCAAGCAACGAUCAAAGCUAUUUAUUUCUCUAAUUGUUGUUGCUGUACAGACUUGUAGCUCGUGACAGGUGCAUGUAUCCAACACCUGGACAAAGUUGUAGUCGACCUCCUGUUUUUUUUUUUUUUAUACCGCCUGUUUCAUUGAGUCUCACUCAGAGUGAUUUCCUGGUUUACUCGUGUCCGCCGCGCUGGAACACCUGCCUUGUGUCCGCAUUGACCCCGCACCUCUCAGGGCUCAGCCAAUGAGCAGGGACAUCGAUGAGCGAGCCGUACCGCUUGAGCUGAGGCGCCGGGCCUGUCAGGGUCUCAGACAAGUCCUCCAGCUAAAGCUCCAACAAAAAAGGUCCAGAGAAGAAAUGCUCAACCGGGGGAUUAUGCUGCCUUUCAAAAGUCCAGCUGCUUUCCACAAGAACAGACAGAGCUUGGAACAAACACAGACUGAGGACUAUCUGAAGAGAAAGAUCAAGAGUCGGCCAGAGCGCUCUGAACCGAUCAGAUUGCACGUUCUGGAGGAGACAUUCGCAGAGCCUUGGCUCCGGGCAAGACAGCUGCAGCUGAAGAGAGCUCGCCUUGCUGAUCGUCUGAAUGAUAAGAUCUCACACCGGCCGGGGCCCAUGGAGCUAAUCCACAAAAACAUCCUACCUGUUCCCUCGAGCAUUAAACAGGCUAUCAUAGAGACACAAUUUCCAGAGGUUACAGGUGAUAACUGGUCAUGUGAUGAGGACAGCUGUUACAGUCUGUCUCCAGAACUACCGGUGAACCAGGAGUCCUCUCUGGUCCUGCUCCCUCUGUCCUCCCCCCCAUCUCCUGCACGGUCCCAGCUAAAACCGAACUCGGAGCACUCUGCGCAGAAACAGAAGAAACCAAAGGAUGACAGACCAAAGAUUAAAAAGUUUAAGUACCAUCAGUACAUCCCUCCCGACCAAAGGGGAGAUAAGGAGCCUUCUCCCAGUCUGGACAUGUCUUACACCAAAAUUGUCCAGCAGCAGCAGCUCUUCUUGCAGCUCCAGAUUAUCAAUCAACAGCAGCAGAACUACCAUGCCAUCCUGCCUGCACCACCCAAACCUCAGUCAGAUCAGCAGGCAUCCUUAUCUUCUUCCACUGAUUCCAUCACCUCCGCCUCCUCCUUCUCAACUCCACCUGCAUCUGCCCCUUCAACAGCCCCCUCUGAGCAGGGCUGUCGCAGGCUUCUCAGUUCUGCUCCUUUAGGUGGGACAACACCAGCAUCUUUACCUCCAAACCUGGAUAAAAUGAAGGUUGCAGAACUGAAGAACGAGUUAAAGCUGCGCAGUUUGCCCGUCUCUGGCACCAAAGUCGACCUAAUUGAGAGGCUGAGAACAUACCAGGGACUGAAUGGAGGCUGCAACAGUUCCUCGUCUCCAACAGUAGGGGGUACCACAGGGCUGACUGCUGGAGAAGAAGGAAAACCCUCUAAAACUGCUUCAACCGCCACCAUCAAAAAUAACAACACAUCACAAAAUCAAACUUCUCUCCUGACUGCCUUGUUCUCCUCAACAUCUGUCCCACUCAUCCCCUCAAACUACUCGCAGAGCUCCAUAAGUCCAGGAGAUGGCAGCUUUACUUGUGACCAAUUUGAGGAAACGAUGAAUUCACCUCACACCCAGCUGAGCCCUCCGGCAUGUUCAGCUGCUCCACUUCCAACAAAUAUUAAAGAAGAGCAGAUGUGCUCCACCUCAGCACCUUGUAAUAUUUCUUUAAAGCCAGCCCGUCUCCAGAAACAUCACACGGUCUCAUUAGCUGGCCCCAAUACUACAACCACAGCUCCAGUAGUGACAAUAGACAAGGACAAGGUACUGAAGGAAAAAGACAAGCAGAUAGAGGAGUUGACUAAGAUGCUGAGGCAGAUACAGAUGGUGGUGGAGAUGCUGAGUAUGCAGCUGGAGCAUGGUAAGAGUGGAGGACAUGGACCAGAGACACAUAUUCUAGUAAAAGUUAAACAGGAAGCACCUGAUAAACCCAGUCCCCCUCUAUCAUUUCACCACCAACCAUUCAACUCCACACCAGCGUCUUUUCAAUGUGAGACGGAUGUUGCAAAAGUUUCUGUCAAACUGGAAACCCCAGAGGCGGAGGAAUGUGUUUCUGAGGCAUCUGUGCAAAUACCAGAUGCCCAGGGAUUACCAAAAUCUUCCACCCAAACUCUGGAAGCACAGGAGCAAAUUAAUUUCCAAAUCAAGUCAGAGCAGACAAGCACUCAGACAAAACAACUCUUACAUCUCCAUCAAAGCCCUCAAUUGGCGCAGCCAGUGGCCAUACAGAAACACUUGCUAAAGCAUCAUCACAACAGUCAGAGCCGGCAGCAGAAGCCUCAGAACCGGGAUCUGAAGUCGGAGGAUCAGCGGAACCUGCAGAAACUUCCUCAGCGGAGAAAAAAUCAAAGUAACAAAAAACAGUUUAAACAGGAGCAUCAACAGAUGCAGCUGAAGCAACUGAAGUCAUUUCUGCAGCAGCAAAAUAAACAGCAGAAGAUGGAACAGAUGCAAACAGCACAGUUACAAACAGAGAAACAGUUCAAGCAACAACAGGUACGUCAAGCAAACCUAAACCAGCAAACAGGUUCAGCCCCUUUAACUCUACAUCUCCUUAAGAGGGACGCCAAUCAAACUCUGGUCACCGACAUCAAUGGUAACCAUUUUCUCAUUGCACUGACAAGUCACAUCACUGACAACCAAAGAGCAGAUGCACCUGGGAGCAAAGCAGCCAAUCACAACGGACUACAGGCAGUGAAUGGGGGACUUCAGGUGUCUUUAUACCAGGAACAGAAGGAAGUUGCAUCACCACCUUCCACCCGUGAGCCUUUCAACAAGCACCAGGAGAAAUCUGUCUCACAAAGAAACACCUUCCCUUCCUCUCAGAAAGGAGAGGUGUGCCCUAGUAUGGAUGAUUUAUUGAGUCCUCUGUCUUCAGCCUCCAUUAAGACACCUGCUCCAUCAUCUGAAUACAAAGCUACAGGGUAUGAAGAAGAUUUUAUUGACGACUUUGUGCAGACAGGAGAAAUGUUGACCACCUUCAAACACGCCCCAGACUUCUUUCAGGACAGGCAACAUCCAAACCCUUCCAUCCAACCCUGCUUGGGCAUCCCGCAACCUGCCCCUUUUGGGCAGUCCGAGCUUCAAUCUCUGGCGGACACAACAGAUGAGAAGCGGCACAUCAGUCGAGGACGACUUGAGGACUUUCUCGAAAGCACCACCGGUAAGCCUCUCCUUGGGGUGGAGCCUGGCGGUGCGCUGACAUUAAUUGAUGACCUGCACAGUGAAAUGCUGUGCACUCCAAGCAUCCUGGACCCUCCCCCAUCUCCAAUGAAUACCCUUGACAUAGAUGCUGAGGGGGAGCAAGGGCCGGACAGUAUGGAUUGGUUGGAUUUUAACGUGGGAGAACAAAAGGGAAAGGAAGCCAUGGCACUGGACCCAUUGGGACCCCAAGCACCCCCUAGUGUCUUUUCUACAGACUUCCUGGACAGUUCUGACCUUCAGAUACAAUGGGACUCCUGCUUAUAGCAAACAUACAACACAAAGAAUGCACUUAUAGACAUGUGCAACACAUGAAUUUGAUUAAUGAGGAUCAUUAUGUCACUAGAACAUUCUUUCUUUACCUUUUGGUUUAAUGGAUCGUCACAUACUUUGACCUUUAUUUUAUUUACACACAGCACUACUGCUUUUUGUACUAUGUGCUUAUCAGGCAGGUCCAAUGUCUAAUCUUGAUUCUAUAGCAAAAAAGUGAUGCGAGGGUUUAUUUGGACACUAUUUUGCUCAUGUAUGAUAAAAUAGAAGCCGUACAACCGGGCUUUGUAAGGUUGAUGUGUAGUUUGUAAUAAACAACAAGCAAACCCCAGACACGUGUGGCUAACUUAACUGUCUGCAGAAUUCUCCAAAACAGCAUUAAGGAAGAGGCACGGACCCAAACCAUUACAAUACAAAGAUCCACAAAAGUGUUAAUAGGUUAUGCAUUAAAAAAAAAAAAACAUGCAGGGAAUGUUGUGUAUUGUUGUUGUCCAUCAUGUCCCAGAAAAGUCUAUCAUUUAGUUUGACCUUUGUCUAAUUGGAGUGCAGCUCGUUCUCCUCCUUUUAAAGUAAGGAUAAUCAAUCGUCAAUCACCGCAGGAAAAGUGGCAAUAAUCAAUAACAAAAGGUAGAGGGGGG